AUGUCACCUGCGCCGGUUACUUUUUCCGCUCCUCCUCCUCCCCCUCUCGCAGCGACAUCGGGGGUCUGGGUCUUGAUAUCCUCUUCCUCAACAAUACCAACGUCAAUAGCUGCAAUAACACCCUCUCCAGAGAAAAAAGACGGAUCACCUUACUACGUCGUAAUAACCGUCACCAAUGGAGACGGGACGUACAUCACCACCGUUUUGUUAGGGGAUUCGUAUCCCACGACCUUCUCUGCUCUUUCUAGUUCCAGUUCUGGGGGUAAUUCGAACCACGGCGGCAUCCCAACGUCCUCAAUAGUAGGUAUAGCAGUUGGCCUCGUGCUGGGGUUCUUGGCGUUCUUUGCUGUUAUGUAUGUUUAUUAUCUGCGUCUACGACAAGCGAGAGAGAGGAGGAGAAGGAGGAGGGGAGGAAGGCGGAAAGGUGGGAGUGUUGGUGGUGAGAGUCGGGGUGGUGGACCUGGACCUCCGCCCCCUCCACCACCACCAGGAGGAUUGGCACCUGCUAAUCCAUGA